GUCAACAUCACGCAGUCUGAAUUAUAUCACAGGUGAAGGAAACAUCUGUAAGGGAACCUGACGGAACAUCUGGUUAUAUGGGAUGGAUCACUUUAACAACACCCGCCUGUCCACUAACCAAUCAGACUUCAGCAGUGUCUUCACCCAUCACAUCCUCCCUCCGCUCUACUUCAUAAUCUGUGUUGUGGGGAUGUCCCUGAAUGGUGUGGCGGCCUGGAUCUUCUUCAGAGUGCCCAGUGACUCAGGCCUGGUGGUCUACCUGAAGAACAUGGUGGUGGCUGACCUCCUCAUGCUGGCUACCUUCCCCUUCAGGGUGGCGGUUAAGCUAGGUCUGGGCGGCUGGCACCUCCAUGUGGUUAUCUGCCGCUACACUGCUGUGCUCUUCUACUCCUCCAUGUAUGUAGGGAUCCUCUUCAUGGGCCUCAUCAGCCUGGAGCGCUACGUCAAGAUUGUCCGACACACCUCACCCUCGUCCGCGUCCUCCUGUAGGUCCCGGUGGGGCGGCAUGUCCUUGCUGCACCUCUUGCAGAGUGUUGGCUUCGCCCGGGUGCUGGCGCUCCUCACCUGGAGUCUCCUCCUCCUCUGCGUCCUGCCCAAUGUCCUGCUGACCAGCCGGUCGGCCCAUGCAGGGAAUUCGCAGCACUGCAUGCAGCUGAAGACGCCGCUUGGCGUGCAGUGGCACCGGGUGUCCACCCUGUUUAGCGUUGGUCUGUUCUGGGUGACCCUGCUGGUCCUGGCCUUCUGCUAUGCCUCCAUUGCCUGCCGGGUCUACCAGUCCUAUCGGCGUGUGCAGCGCAACAAUAGUGAUGUUCGUCGUAAGUCGAACCGCAGCAUCUUUAGCAUCCUGGCAGUGUUCUUCAUCUGUUUCGUGCCGUACCAUGUUUGCCGUGUGCCGUACACUCUGAGCCAGAUGCCAGCGUCGGACUUCAGCCAAGAAACCCGCUUCCUGCUUUUCCAGCUGAAGGAGGGGACGCUCUUCCUGUCGGCGCUCAAUGUCUGCCUCGACCCCAUCAUCUACUUCCUGAUGUGCCGAACCUUCAGAGAGUCACUGCUGAGGAAACUGUCAGGAAGAGCAGGGAGGAGUUCCCUGACCACCGCCCAGAGUCUGAGUAACAUUUAGCGGGAGACGAGAUGAAACAAGGACAGAGGAGACAAAGAGAGAAGACAGGAGAGGAGGCAAGGAAACAAGAGAGGAGAGGACAAAAUAUGCCUUAAACUGACCUUAACCAUUGAUGUCAUGUGUGAAUAUUGUAGGAAUAACUGACUAACUGUCUCUUCAGAUCCCAAAUUCAAAGGUCCAGUGUGUACAAAAUAUUCAUUGUUUCCUUGGUGUAAAACCAUCUGUAAAUAGGAAUUCUUGUGUUCUUGUUACCUUGAUGAACUCUUUAUAUCUACAGAGGGAUCAGGUCCUCCUCCACAGUCCACCGUGUUGCAAACUACAGUAGCCCAGGACGGACAAACCAAACACUGACUCUAGAGCCUUUAACGUUCUUA